AGGUUUUUCCACCUCUACACACUGCUUUCAAUCGUCCAUCCACAACAACAACGUGUCGCGUAAUUAUUUUCCCCUCUUGUUUAUAAAAUUCAGCGCAUCAAAUUGUAAAUACACAGCACACUUUUGCCAAAAAAAUCAGAAUAACCAACCACAAAAGUUGGAGGAGCGCAACAACAGCAACACGAACUUCAGCAACGAACGGGAAAAUCAUUUAUCGAACGGACAGUGAAGUGCUAUUAAUUAGGCGAAACAACCAAUUGAAGUACAAAUAAGCCCCAAACACCGCCAGCUACAGAUAUUCAAUAAGUGCAAAGUUUGCAAGAUUCUCACUAGACAUAACGGUCGCUACACUCGAAAAAACACUCAAGUAUUAAGGACGCAGGAGUGGAAAUCGAGAGAUAUACGUACACACACAUAGAUACCCUGCAAUAAUGGCUGCCAACAACUUGCGACAAAUCCCGCUCACCUGCAGCGGGCAUACGCGACCCGUGGUCCACCUGGACUUCAGCGACAUCUGCGACAGCGGCUACUUUCUCAUCUCGGCCUGCAAAGAUGGCAGCCCGAUGCUGCGGCACGGCGAUACCGGCGACUGGGUGGGCACCUUCGAGGGCCACAAGGGCGCCGUUUGGAACGCCACCCUCAAUCGGAACGCCACUUUGGCCGCCUCUGGAGCGGCCGACUUCACCGGCAAGGUGUGGAAUGCGGUGAGCGGGGCCGAGAUUCACAGCUUCCAGCACAAGCACAUCGUUAAGAGCGUGGCCUUCGACAUGGAUUCCGAGAACAUAGUGACUGGUAGCAACGAGAAGCUGGUGAGGGUCUUUAACCUGGAGCAGCCCGAGGCACAGCCGGAGGAGUACGCCGGACAUGCUGGAGCUAUCAAGCGAGCGCUCUUCUGCCGCGGCGACAAGUGCAUCAUCUCGGCGGCCGAGGACAAGACGGUGCGCCUUUGGGACCGCAUGACGGGCAUCGAGGUGCAGCGCCUGCAGUUUAACAGCAAUCCGAACAGCCUGGAGAUCUCCAGCGAUAACCAUAUACUGACUAUAUCGCACGGCUCCUCGAUUAGCUUCUGGGAGAUCGACACGCUGAAGAAGCUGAAGGAGGUGAAAGUGCCGACGAACGUGGCGUCGGCCAGUUUGCAUCCGGAUAAACACGUCUUUGUUUGUGGAGGCGAAGACUUUAAGAUGUACAAAUUCGAUUAUAUCACAGGCAACGAAAUUGAAUCCUUCAAGGGUCACUUUGGACCCGUGCACAGCGUGAAAUUUAGUCCCGAUGGGGAGCUCUACGCCAGCGGCUCCGAGGACGGCACUCUACGGCUGUGGCAGACCACAGUGGGCAAGACCUACGGCUUGUGGAAGUGCACCGAACCCACGGACCUGGGCAACUCCCUCAGCUCGCCGCGCGAAGUCCAGGCGAACUGAUGUUGGCGCAGCAGGAGUCGCUGCUACACAGCCCACGCUGCACAGGCGACGCAACGCAAGGGCAUGUGAUUCGGAGCUACGGCUGAGAUCUGUCCGAUUACCAAAAGAACAACUCGUAAUGUGGGCUACAAUAACGAUUCUUCAUAUUCCAACGCUGAACUCUCUCAUUGGCAUUAAAUGAUAAUCACACACAAAACUACAUUGUGAAAUGCAAUAGAAAUAAAUAACUUAAGUGUCGCAUUUGUGACGUGAAUGGA